CUCUGUCAUUUGGCCACGGUCGGUUCUGAGGAGAGGGACAGCAACGGCAAAGAAACGCAGGAACAAGUCAGUUGGAUAGAGAGAAGAAAUAAAAUAAUACAGAAAUCCUUUAAACAAUGAAACCGACCGAAUAAGCCACUACAGUCAACUAGUAUUGAAUUCGUUUUAAACAUUUAAUUCAAUGACAUUUUUUUAAUUUUUAUACAAGCAAGGUUAGCGGUUCGCGAGAGAGAGCUGUGUCAUUGAGCAGGCAGGACACGUCAGGAGACGAGAGAAAAGCUGGUUAGCCAUAACUAGCUACUAUAUGAGCGAAAGCCAUAAAAGUACCCUAUCGCUUGUCAUAAACUUGAUUUUCACAAUUUUAUCAGACACAUCGAGAUUGCCGAUUGACUACAGGACGGAUCGAGUCAUCGCCUGGAUCAAGGGUAACGUUAGCGACCAAAAGGACGUAAAGAUCACGGGAUAGCACAUAUUGUGUGGGGGAAAACAAAUGGGGGAUUACGGGUUUGGAGUCUUAGUGCAAAACAACACUGGCAACAAGUCUGCAUUCCCAGUUAGAAUUCACCCACAUCUGCAACCUCCACAUCAUCAUCAGAAUGCGUCUCCAAGCCCUGCUGCUUUCAUAAACAAUACCACAUCUGGUAAUGGCAGUAGCAGUGGGUCGCCUUGGCUUUUUUCAGCCACAGCUGCCCACAGCAGCAUGCAAGAUGAAAUUCUUGGGUCUGAAAAACCCAAAGCCCAGCAACAGGAAAUGCAAGAAACGCAAGAAAAGCAGCAACUGUCCCCUGGCCACCAGGAGUCUGUAAUCAUAUCUGAGUUAGAGAAGGCGAGGUCCGAGGAGAACAAGGUGGAGGGCAGCCCCUCAGAGGGUAGCAAUGGAAAGGAGAAGCUGCGCCUCGAGUCCCCAGUACUGACAGGCUUCGACUACCAAGAGACAUCGGGUCUUGGGGCUCCGGCCCAGUCCAGUACCUCCUCGUCCCUGACCGGCUUCAACAACUGGUCAGCGGCUAUUUCCCAGACACCCUCCACCAUCAUCAACGAGGAUGUCAGCUUCUUCAACCCAGCUGCAUCUGCUAACAAUGGGGCCCUCCUGUUCCAGAAUUUCUCCCACCACACCAGCCCAGGCUUUGGGGGAAACUUCUCCCCCCAGAUUGGACCCAUCUCCCAGCACCAUCCCCCACAUCCACACUUUCAGCACCCACACAACCAACACCAACAGCACCGCAGGUCCCCGGCCAGCCCCCACCCUCCUCCCUUCCCCCACAGGAAUGCUGCGUUCAGCCAGUUGCCGCAUUUGUCCAAUAAUCUGAAUAAACCCCCGUCACCUUGGGGUAGCUACCAAAGCCCUUCUCCUUCUCCCUCUUCUACCUCCUGGAGUCCCGGCGGGGGCUAUGGUGGCUGGGGAGGCUCCCAGGGGCGUGAGUACCGUCGGGGCCUCAACGGAGGCAUGACCCCACUGAACUCAAUCUCCCCACUGAAGAAAACAUUCCCCAACAACCACGUGCCGUCGCAGAAGUACUCCCGCACCAGCCCUGGGUUCAACCCCAAAUCCUGGAUGGACGAGAGUGUGAGCAGGAGUGACAACAUCUUUCCCUUCCAGGAGCGCACCAGAUCCUUUGAUGGCUUCAACAUGCAUUCCCUGGAGAACUCUCUCAUUGACAUCAUGAGGGCCGAGCAAGAUACCCUGAAAGGUCGCCUAGGAUUCACCCAUCCAGGGGGAGAAAGUCCUCUGCCCAUAAAUGCAAGGAAUUAUGGGAGGAGACGAGGUCACUCUUCCCUGUUCCCCAUGGAGGAUGGUUUCCCUGACGACGAGCGUGGUGAGCAGAGCCUGCCUGGCCUUGGCUCGCCCCACUGUUUCCCCCACCAGAAUGGGGAGCGUGUUGAGCGUUACUCCCGCAAGGUCUUUGUCGGUGGCCUCCCGCCAGAUAUUGAUGAAGAUGAAAUAACUGCAAGUUUCCGUCGCUUUGGACACCUCUUUGUGGACUGGCCUCACAAGGCAGAGAGCAAAUCUUACUUCCCCCCGAAAGGUUAUGCCUUCCUGCUGUUCCAGGAUGAGAGCUCUGUGCAGGCCCUGAUUGAAGCCUGUAUUGAAGAGGACGGCAAGCUCUACCUGUGUGUGUCUAGCCCCACCAUCAAAGACAAGCCGGUCCAGAUCCGUCCCUGGAACCUGAACGACAGUGACUUUGUGAUGGACGGCUCCCAGCCUCUGGACCCCAGGAAGACCAUCUUUGUGGGUGGGGUGCCACGCCCUCUCCGUGCAGUGGAGCUGGCUAUGAUCAUGGACAGGCUGUAUGGAGGCGUGUGCUAUGCAGGCAUCGACACAGACCCGGAGCUCAAGUACCCCAAGGGAGCAGGGCGGGUUGCCUUCUCCAAUCAGCAGAGCUACAUCGCUGCUAUCAGCGCUCGUUUUGUCCAGCUGCAGCAUGGAGAAAUCGAUAAACGGGUGGAAGUGAAGCCAUAUGUCUUGGACGACCAGUUGUGUGAUGAGUGUCAGGGAACUCGGUGCGGGGGCAAGUUUGCCCCUUUCUUCUGCGCUAACGUCACCUGUCUCCAGUAUUACUGUGAAUACUGCUGGGCGGCCAUCCACUCACGCGCUGGUCGGGAGUUCCACAAGCCACUGGUCAAGGAGGGAGGGGACCGGCCUAGGCACAUCUCCUUCCGCUGGAACUGAGAGGGAGAGGGGGGAGUAGGAGUCGCAAAAUCAUUGUACAAAUAAAUGCACUUUUCUGUUGCUGGUUCCUUUUUAACUCUAAUUUGGGAGAAAAAAGUUUAAUUUUAAAUUAAUAUUUUUUUUAAAGAUGAGGAGAUAUGUCAAGAAAGCAAAAGAAAAUGUGUAUCCCAUGUGAAAUCCCAUUCUCUUGACUUUCUCCAGUUGCUUUUAUUUUUUAUUAGAGCAGAAUUUGAAAAGAUUAGGCUUUCAAUUGUCACCUUACUAUCCAAUUGACGUGUCAUUGACCAUCAACUUCAAAGCAGUAUGUUCAGUUCAAAUGCUCAUCCAAUAGGCUACAGAGCAGAUGUUCAUCCAAUAGGCUACAGAGCAGAUGUUCAUCCAAUAGGCUCCAGAGCAGAUGUUAAUAGCAAAGGUGUUGCUAAAGAAGAGUGCAGUUAUUUCUUUAUUUUAGAGUGCAGAAUAUAAAGUCUCAGUAGUUAACCAAAGCUUAAUCUCAAUUGGUUUGAAAAAGAAACAAGUACAGAAACGUGGAUUAUUUCCCAGAUCAGAUGUUUGAAUAUUUUUUUUUGAGACCAUGCUAAUAUUUGAUGUUACUUGACAAGAUCCAUUUCACAACAGGCGUUCUGUUUGAGCUCCAUUUUGACAUGCAAAAACUAAUACCUCAAGCUUAGCUGCUAAUGUGAGGAAUAAGUUAAAGAAAGUAAGCUGGUCUCCCUCUUCCCUUAGGACCACAAUCAAAGGGAAACGGCGUCAGCAAAAAGACACAUUUUUAUAGACGCUGCUUUGUCACUUCUUUAUUUUUGUAAUCUGACCCAAGGUUGUACUAAGAAUGAACAGAGCAUUUUAUUGGGGAAUGUAUGGCAUUGGAGGUCCCUGAGACCCUCAGCGCUGACCCGUAUAGAGAUAAGUGACCCCCCCCCCUCUGUGUCUGAGGCCAUGCUAGCUAGGAGAGGAGAGGCUAGUGCCUAGUUGUCAUCAGGGCUGCACGUGAGCAGAAAGCCCUGUUUUUCGUGUAUUAUUAUUAUUGUGUUGGUGCAAAUCUCCCAAUCCUUUAUUCACAACCGUAUUCUGUUUUUAACCCCCCUCAAAAAGAGAAAUGAAUUACAAAAGCCAGGCUUAUCAUCAACACAUUUCCAUCUAGAGGAGGAUGCAGUUAUUAGACCUGCAGACCUCUCUUCCUGUGCCAGCCCAGCUAACUCAGCCAGUGUUCUAAGCAUAAAUGAAGAUAGUCCAUGCGAUGUGCUCUACUACGUACGUCCCACAAUGCAGUUCACUCACUCAAACAAGACUGCAAUAAAGAGGUUAUACCUAGAUGCUUUAGGGAACCAAAGUCGCCUGUGCAGUAGUGCAGUAAUACAGUAUUUCAUUUCAGUUUUUCUGAGUUCAUUAUUCUUUUCCUAUUUUUCUUACGAAGACCAGAUGGACUACAGCAAACCAAAGAUUGGCCUUGAAUAGAUAACAGUGCAGUCAAAAUCCAGGAAAACACUAGUGAAAACAACUGGACUUAUUCAGUUUACAGACACCCAGGCUUUUUCACCAGUCAAUCCUCAUUUCCAAAGGUCAAAAUAGAGACGUUUGUUGCUAGGCAGUUGUGUAACGUGAAUAGGUCUGCAACAGGUUUGGGGAAAUGAACACAAAAAGCUAAACAAAGGCUCACAUUUGGUUUGGUUAUUAUAGUCAUACAGUAUCUGAAUCUACUAGCGUUUUAAUAUGUCAGGGAGGGAGUGCUGAAAUAGAAUUUAACACACUAGUGAAAACCGUAUCCUUGUGUUGGCUUGCUGGUGUUCUACUGCACCAUGACUUUAGCUUGCUGGUGUUCUACUGCACCAGUUCUGCACCAGGACUUUAGCUUGCUGGUGUUCUACUACACCAGUUCUGCACCAUGACUUUAGCUUGCUGGUGUUCUAUUGCACCAGUUCUGCACCAGGACUUUAGCUUGCUUGUGUUCUACUGCACCAGUUCUGCAUCAGGACUUUCGCUUGCUGGUGUUCUACUGCACCAGUUCUGCACCAGGACUUUAGCUUGCUGGUGUUCUACUGCACCAGUUCUGCACCAGGACUUUAGCUUGCUGGUGUUCUACUACACCAGUUCUGCACCAUGACUUUAGCUUGCUGCUGUUCUACUGCACCAGUUCUGCACCAGGACUUUAGCUUGCUGGUGUUCUACUACACCAGUUCUGCACCAUGACUUUAGCUUGCUGGUGUUCUACUGCACCAGUUCUGCACCAGGACUUUAGCUUGCUGGUGUUCUAUUGCACCAGUUCUGCACCAGGACUUUAGCUUGCUGGUGUUCUACUGCACCAGUUCUGCACCAGGACUUUAGCUUGCUGGUGUUCUACUGCACCAGUUCUGCACCAGGACUUUAGCUUGCUGGUGUUCUACUGCACCAGUUCUGCACCAGGACUUUAGCUUGCUGGUGUUCUACUGCACCAGUUCUGCACCAUGACUUUAGCUUUCUGGUGUUCUAUUGCACCAGUUCUGCACCAGGACUUUAGCUUGCUGGUAUCCUACUGCACCAGUUCUGCACCACCAGGACUUUAGCUUGCUGGUGUUCUACUGCAACAGUUCUGCACCAGGACUUUAGCUUGCUGGUGUUCUACUGCACCAGGACUUUUAGCUUGCUGGUGUUCUACUGCACCAUGACUUUAGCUUGCUGGUGUUCUACUGCACCAUGACUUUAGCUUGCUGGUGUUCUUCUGCACCAUGACUUUAGCUUGCUGGUGUGGUGGAUAAACAUUUUAGGAGUUAAACACUUUUUGAAGAAUUUGCUGUUAAUGAGAGAAAAAAAGAUUAUUUUAUACAUGGCCUGCUGAUUUUUGGUACAGUGUUUUCUAGCUAAAUUAUUUUGUCAUGCACAUAUAAACAUUUUAUGCACUACUUUUCUAAAUAUUUUUUUUUUCUUCCCAACAGUCAUUUUAGGCACAUUUUUCACAAAUGGGGAAAACUCCUUUUUGCAAUACCUCAAUUUUUCACAUUGUGAAAGGUAGCUUUUGUACUUUUGUUACUGAGAGAUCUGCAUAUAUGGACACUUUUCAUUUAACGAAAAAAAAAUGUAGUGAUUUCGAUAUAUAUUAUUUUCAGUUAUGCUUUUUCUACAUUUCAGUGCUGAGGAAUCUUCACAACCAAGUAGCGUACGUGCAUUGACGCGACUUCCGAAACGGCAGAGGAACGAUCAGUGUACUGCUUAAAGGUCUUAGAUCUUAUACACUAGAUGUUUCACAAAAAUCAGAUCUUAACAGCAUGGCGAGGACAAAGUUGUCAUUUAAAAAUUUAAUGUUAUUGUUUAAAAAAAAAUGGCUAUCCUAGUUGGGGAAAAUGGUAACUUCUCUUUUUGGUUUCCUCUCCAUAGCUGGAAUAUAACUAUUAUAAGGAUAAUGCAAAUUAUGGUUCAUGCUUCGGCUGAAUCUCGUAUCACAAGAAUGGAUGUUUGGUGUUUAGAUAUUUUAACAUUUGAAAAUAUAUAUUCUUGAACUUGCCAACUAGCUCCUAUUGUAAUCCUUAGCAUGCAUGACGAAAAAAAGAUAAGUACAUGAAUUAGCUAUUGAAUUUGAUUGUUGUGGUUGUGCACCAGAUGUUUCUCAACUUUAAUUUGUUAAGGACACCCCCACACCUCACUUCUCUCCCAUGUGUUGAUAUCUUUGCCUUCUCCAUACUCAGACCUCUGCAGGAUGCAAAGAAAAAAAGAUGAGAAAAUAAGAAAAGAAAAAAACCUCUAAAAUCUAUUUUAGCAGUGGAGGACUUGAGCAUCUUAUAGGACACUGUUGAAAAGACUUGUUAACUCAUCUCCACUGUCUGUUGAGGUAAUUCAACCGUUUUGGAAGAAGGGGAACUUUAAGACUUGAAUGUGGUAAAUGUUGCAAGUUAACUUCGAGUUGUUAUGUGCAAUACAUUUUAUUUUAUUUUUUUCCAGAUAAAGACUCUUUGCAAUGUAAUUCUUUAAUGCCAUUUUUAAUUGCAGACAUUUAAAGAAGACGUUAAUAUGUUUUUCAGUCAUUUUCUACUGUUAUUGUAAUCCUUUUCAUGCUGGUGUUUGUAAAAAAGAAAAAGAAAUCAAACUAUUUGUACUAAUAUAAAUAAUUGAAGUUAUUUUUAAAACAUUAAAGGUUUUGUGCUCAUUUGUUUAUUUCAAGCUACUGUGAUUGCAUUGUAAUUAUUAGGUCAAUAAUGUAUUUAGCUGUUUAUUGGUAUAUUUUUAAUUGGAAUGUAUAAUUUUUAUAAUUUUGAUCAGAUUUUUGUUAUAUUUUUGAGGUGAAGCUUUUAAAGUGUCUAGUUUUUACUAAUUGCUAUAUUGUGCUCCACAAUAUAUGAUUAACAUUUUCUGAAGGAAAAUAAAUAUUUAAAUAUUUGUCUGUUAAUGAUGUUACUUAAUGGCAAAAUUUCAAUAGUUUUUAACUGUAUGGGAAGGUUGUUGUAUUUAUUAAUAGCAUUUUUUACUUAAGAUAUCACCUUAAUUUCUAUUGUCAUUUCACUUUAUAAGUUCCUAUUUUUGUAUUUUCCUUUCUAAUUAAGUUAUGUAAUACAAAAUGUCCAUAUUUCUAGGAGUUGGUCUGUAGCAGUGCUAGUGAAACAAAAAAUACAAUUCUGUUAUUUAAUUGUUUGCAGCCAACUAUUUAUAACAGUGCAUCAUUUUGAAAUAUUUGUAAUGUGAAAUGUUGAAUGAAUAAAACUUAACUGUGAUAAGG